GUCGGAACCACCGAGCGGUGCGGAUGUUCUCGUUUCACGUUCGCGCGCCGACUCAAGUUGUUUCGAUCGCGUACGUGCCAGUGACACUUGGCGGCUGUCCGCGCGGCGGGGACAUACACCGGCACUGAGAGAGAGGGGAAGAGAGAAAGAGAAAUACAUCACGGUCAGCCUACGUAAAUCCGUCGCGCCGAUCGCCGCAGCUGCCGUCGCUGUCGCCGACUUAUUAUCGCGCGUGUUUCUCCCGUCGGGCUGUGCGUUCACGCACGGCGUACGAUACGCGUGUACGUUUCCCGCGACACUUACGCGCGCAAAAAUUGCACGCGCAGUGUGCCGGCUGUUAUUCAUCGAGCGCGCUCUCGCGAUCGACCGGUCGUUCUCUCGACGCGAAGAGAGACGAAAGUGUAUCAGCGUUUUUACUCGUGCACGUUACGUACGCACGUAAGUACGAGAACACACGACCGAGGAAGGAAGACAGACUGCGACGUGUCGCGCGUAUUUCCACGGGAGCGAUCUCGAUUCCACCGACGGCGCAUCCUGCCUGGGCGAGCCGCACGGCCGAGGAAGUGGGUGUAGCCAUGAAUAAUUCACUCGGCUGAAGCAGCCAAUGGGAGUUUCUCGGACUUCGGGGCAAACUUUAAGGACGGCAUCAAGAUGGGCGAGCUUUUAGGAUCAGCCAGCUUCCUCCAUCUCGGCGAUAUCGUCAGCCUUUACGCCGAGGGAAACGUGUCCGGCUUCCUCUCCACGUUGGGGUUGGUCGACGACAGGUGUGUGGUAUGUCCCGAAGCUGGAGAUUUGUCGAACCCACCGAAGAAAUUCAGAGAUUGCCUCUUCAAAAUAUGUCCUAUGAACCGGUAUUCCGCCCAAAAGCAGUUCUGGAAGGCAGCGAAACAGAGUGCGAGCUCCGGCACAGACGCCGUCUUGCUAAAGAGGCUUCAUCAUGCGGCUGAAAUCGAGAAAAAGCAAAAUGAGACUGAAAACAAGAAACUACUGGGCAGCGUGGUGUCGUACGGCAACGUCGUACAGCUGCUGCAUCUCAAGUCCAACAAAUUCCUGACGGUGAACAAGAGACUGCCGGCCUUGCUGGAGAAGAACGCGAUGAGGGUCUACUUGGACGCGAACGGCAACGAGGGCUCGUGGCUUUACAUAAUGCCGUUCUACAAAUUGCGCAGCGACGGCGACAGCGUGGUCGUCGGCGACAAGGUGAUCAUGGAGCCGGUGAACGCGGGUCGACAGGGUCUCCAUGUGGCCGCCAAUUAUGAGCUGAGCGACAAUCCCGGCUGCAAGGAGGUGAACGUCGUGAACUCGUCCACCUCGUGGAAGGUGACCCUCUUUAUGGAACACCGGGAGAAUCAGGAGGAAAUUCUCAAAGGUGGCGACGUCGUACGGCUGUUCCACGCCGAGCAGGAGAAGUUCCUCACGAUGGACGAGUACAAGAAGAAGCAGCACGUGUUCCUGAGGACCACCGGCAGGACAAGCGCCACCGCCGCCACUAGCAGCAAGGCCCUGUGGGAAGUCGAGGUGGUGCAACACGAUCCGUGCAGAGGAGGCGCCGGUCACUGGAAUUCACUUUUCAGAUUUAAGCAUCUAGCGACCGGCCAGUAUCUCGCUGCCGAGAUUGAUACGGACGAGCCACGGGAACCCGUAAAAGGCAAGCGCGAUCCACCUGGACCGGUGUACAGAUUAGUGUCAGUGCCGCACAGCAACGAGAUCAGCUCCCUGUUCGAGCUGGACCCGACGACGUUGACGCGAGGCGACAGCCUAGUUCCGCAAUCGUCCUUUGUCAGGUUACAUCACAUAUGCACGAACACUUGGGUUCAUUCAACGAGCGUACCAAUCGAUAAGGACGACGAGAAGCCGGUGAUGUCGAAGGUGGGCUGCGCGAUCAGUAAGGAAGACAAAGAGGCCUUCGCCUUGAGAUCUGUGUCGCCGGUCGAAGUACGUGAUCUAGAUUUCGCGAAUGACGCCUGCAAGGUGCUAACGGCUAUGAGCAGCAAGCUGGAGAAGGGAACGAUCUCGCACAACGAACGCCGGGCUGUCACUAGCUUGUUGCAGGACAUCGUGUACUUCAUAGCCGGCUUGGAGAACGAACAGAACAAAUCCGAGGCGUUAGAAUUGGUCGUCGCGAAUGCCGUGAGAGACCGGCAGAAGUUGUUACGCGAACAGUACAUCCUCGGUCAAUUGUUCAAAAUAUUGCAGGCUCCGUUCUUGGAAUCCGCGGAGGGUGAGGGACCAUUUCUUAGGAUAGAGGAGCUUAACGAUCCGAGGCACGCGCCGUAUAAAUACAUGUUUCGCUUGUGUUAUCGAAUACUCCGACUUUCUCAGCAAGAUUACAGGAAGAAUCAGGAAUACAUCGCCAAGCACUUUGCAUUUAUGCAAAAACAAAUCGGCUACGAUAUUCUGGCGGAAGAUACGAUCACCGCGCUUUUGCACAACAACAGAAAAUUACUGGAGAAGCAUAUCACGGCCGCGGAGAUAGAGACGUUCGUGGGCCUCGUCAGGAAGAAUAUGCAUAACUGGGAAUCGAGAUUCCUCGAUUACUUGUCGGAUCUGUGCAUCUCCAAUAAGAAGGCGAUCGCCGUGACGCAGGAACUGAUCUGCAAGAGCGUGCUCAGCGAAAAGAACAACGAUAUUCUCCUGGAAACGAAAAUGGUGAAGACUCAGGUGGAAGUCGAGGACAUCGACGAGAAGCAGGAAAACGCCGAGCCGAGGAUCACCGUAAUCGAAGAGUUCGAGGUUGUGUUGGAGUGGAAUAAUGGAGCCAAAUCGAUGUCUCUGAGCGAGCUGUCGCGAGGAGCGAAGAUGGGAAAUAUUCAGGACGCAGCGAUACUCGAUUAUUACAGGCAUCAGUUGAAUCUGUUCAGUAACAUGUGCCUCAAUAGACAGUAUUUAGCGCUGAACAAUCUGUCGCCACAUUUGGACAUUGAUCUUAUACUCAAAUGUAUGGAGGACGAGACGGUGCCGUACGAAUUACGCGCGUCGUUCUGCCGGCUUAUGCUACAUCUGCACGUGGACAGAGAUCCGCAGGAGCAAGUGACGCCUGUGAAGUACGCCCGCCUCUGGUCGGAAAUCCCGUCCAAGAUGAGCAUAAACGAUUACGACACGAACAGAAUGCCGGAUCAGAACAAAGAGGCUGUUCGCACGAAAUUCAGCUCGACAAUCAUGUUCGUUGAGGACUAUCUCUGCAAUGUUGUCGCGAAAAUGUGGUCGUUCGGAGACCAGGAGCAGAAUAAGCUCACAUUCGAGGUUGUUAAAUUAGCGCGUGAUCUAAUAUAUUUCGGAUUCUACAGCUUUAACGAUCUAUUAAGCUUAACAAAGACGUUGCUUAGUAUUUUGGACUGCGUAUCAGAGAACGACUCCGCCGACGGGAAGAUCCCUACGGGCGAUAUCGAUUCUGAUUCAGUGGAUUCCGAGGAGGCAGCCGAAGGAGGUGUUCUUAGAUGCAUCGGUGACAUGGGCGCUGUGAUGACGAAUUUAACACUAGGACCAGCCGGGCAAGUGCUAGCUAGCUCUUCGCCCAGACCGAAGCCGCUGAUGAAGAAGGAAUAUCCGCUGGUGAUGGACACGAAGCUCAAGAUAAUCGAGAUCCUGCAAUUCAUUCUCGACGUUCGACUGGAUUACAGGAUCUCUUGCCUCUUGAGCAUAUUCAAGCAAGAAUUCGACGAAACCGAGAGGUCUUCCGGAGACGUGAAUCUAGGACAGAAGACUAUCGAUUUGGAGUCGAUCGGCACACAGGCGGAAGGGAUAUUCGGCAGCAGUGAGGAAUGCGCCGCGCUGGAUUUAGACGGUCAAGGUGGCAGAACGUUCCUCCGUGUCCUGCUGCAUUUAGCCAUGCACGAUUAUCCUCCGUUAGUUUCUGGGGCUUUGCAUCUAUUAUUCAGGCACUUUAGCCAGAGACAAGAAGUUCUUCAGGCGUUUAAGCAGGUGCAGCUUUUAGUUUCGGACAGCGACGUGGAGUCUUAUAAACAGAUCAAAGCGGACUUGGACGUUUUGCGUCAGUCUGUCGAGAAAUCUGAGCUGUGGGUGUAUAAAUCCAAGGCGGCGGAGGAACACGGAAACAAAAAGAAGAAGAGCAAGGAGGAGGAGGAUGAGGGGACCACUUCAUCCCGGAAACCUCUGCUAUCUAUGUUGGAUAAACAAGAGUCUGCCAUCGAUUUGGACAUCGGACCGCCGUUGCACCCCGAUCAAGCGGAAGAGUACAAAAAGAUCCAGCAGAUAUUAAUGAGAAUGAACAAGCUUUGCAUUCAACCUAUGCUCUGUGGCCAACUGAAGGCGCGCAAACAUGAGCAACGGCUUUUGCGUAACGUCGGAGUGCACACUGUCGUCUUGGAUCUGUUGCAAAUACCAUUCGACGCCAAAGAGGACAUCAGAAUGAACGAAUUGAUGCGCCUGGCGCACGAUUUCCUGCAGAACUUUUGUCUGGCUAACCAGCAGAACCAGGUCCUGCUGCACAAACAGUUGGAUCUUUUCUUGAAUCCCGGUAUUAGAGAGGCGCAAACGGUGUGCAGCAUCUUUCAGGACAACUCUGUCCUCUGCAACGAGGUCAACCCGAAAGUCAUACAGCACUUUGUGCAUUGCAUAGAGACGCACGGCAAGCACGUGCAGUACUUGAAGUUUUUGCAAACCAUAGUGAAAGCUGAGAAUCAGUUUAUCAGAAAAUGUCAGGAGAUGGUGAUGCAGGAGUUGGUUCAAUCUGGAGAAGAUGUCUUGGUCUUUUACAAUGACAGAGCUUCUUUCAAUCAUUUCGUGGAGAUGAUGCGAUCCGAAAGACAUCGUAUGGACGAAAGCAGCCCGCUGAAAUAUCAUGUAGAAUUGGUGAAACUUUUGGCCUGCUGUACGAUGGGCAAGAAUGUCAAUACCGAGAUUAAAUGUCACAGUCUCUUACCAUUGGAUGAUAUCGUCGCCAUGGUAUCACAUCCGGACUCUAUACCGGAGGUGAAAGAAGCGUACAUCAAUUUUCUCAAUCACUGUUACAUUGACACGGAAGUCGAAAUGAAGGAGAUUUACACGUCAAAUCAUAUGUGGUCUCUGUUCGAAAAGUCCUUUAUAGUUGACAUGAGUUUAAUUGCAUCGUCCACUCACGAUCGACAGCACGCGGAUACAGCCUUAGAAACUUACGUGACGGGUUGUCUAAUGAACAUUAUAUCCACGUUUUUCAGCAGUCCGUUUUCCGAUCAAAGCACCACUGUGCAGAAACAUCUGCACGAGGCUAGACUCUAUUGGAACAUCAAGGAGUGCGAUCGGAAUACAGAUAAUAAUCUUUCUGGCUAUACAAGGCAACCUAUAUUUGUUCAGUUGCUUCAUGCAGCUUUUAAAGUAUCACAAUGUGCAUGGUUAAAUGCUGGACAAAGAUUUAACGUCGAGAAUUGCAUACGGACACUGUCAGAUGUAGCCAAAGGAAGAGGCAUUGCCAUACCGACUGAUCUGGAAAGUCAAGUUGCUGCUAUGUUCAACAAGGCAGCCAUGCUCAGUAGACAGACCAACAAGUGGUUACAAGCAGCUAAGCAACCGAAGAUCGAGCGUAGUCAAAGCCAGCUGAUGCGUCUAGAUCGGAGUAUCAUAGAAGGUCUGCAGGACAUAGUGUCUCUGUUAGAGGAACAAUUGAAACCUCUGGUACAGUCGGAAUUAUCCUUGUUAGUGGACAUUCUCUAUCGACCCGAACUGUUGUUUCCUGCAGCGACUGACGCCAGAAAGAGAUGCGAGAGCGGUGGCUUUAUCAAAAGGUUAAUUAAACACACUGAAAAGCUGCUAGAGGAGACGGAGGAGAAAUUAUGCGUGAAAGUUUUGAGGACACUCCGGGAAAUGAUGGCCAUCGAUCCUGAAUACGGAGAAAAGAACGAGGGUAUCUCGGAAGAGAAGGAGUCAGAAACGAAGGGCGAGUCACAAGUCGCAACAAGUUCCGAUGAUCAGUCUGAGAAUCGAGAAGUGACUCAGCAAGACCCGGGAGACGCACUGAGAAAUAAUCUUCUGACGCGUUACUUCGGCAAAAGUUUUCUGCAGAAACCGGAGAAUGUAGACAUCGGUGUAUCCCAUAGCGCGACUAUCACUCAUGGACCUGGAGCGAAGAUAUUGAGCCGAGCUGGUAGAACGUUGCACGACGUGCAGACGCAUCUCGACCGCGAAGGUGCCUCGGAUUUAGUGGUGGAAUUGGUGAUCAAGAGCAUACACUCACCAAGCAUAUUCGUCGAAGCCGUGGAAUUGGGUAUCGCUCUCUUGGAGGGCGGGAAUCCUAUUAUACAGAAAAGUGUCUUUAAUAAAUUAAUGGGCGGUGACUUGAGCCAGUCGUUCUUCAAGGUGUUCUACGACAAAAUGAAAGAUUCCCAGCAAGAGAUCAAAUCCACUGUGACUGUAAAUACGUCCGACAUGGCGGCCAAAGCGCACGAGGAUAAGGAGCAGGGUAAAGAAGUAGAUAAGUUAUCGCGGAAACGUGCAUCAGGGAAGCCCAAUGGAAUCGUGAUAACCGACGAGCUGCACGAGGAACUGAAUCAGGUCGCGACGUCGAACGGACAGGCGUACGCGAACAUGAGAGGUCUCCCGGCUAAUGAGGAUGCAGCGAAUAAUGUGCUCGGAUAUUCAUUGGAUGACAUAAGCGAAAAAUUGCACAACAAAAGCGGCGCUGCUCCUGGUGCCGAGAAAGACGAGGGUCAAUUGAGCCCUAAAGUCUUGGUGAUGCAGCCGAUUCUGCGUUUCUUGCAGUUGCUCUGCGAGAAUCACAAUAGAGAGCUACAGAACUUCCUACGAAAUCAAAAUAACAAGACGAACUUCAACCUGGUGUCCGAGACACUCAUGUUUCUGGACUGUAUCUGUGGUUCGACUACCGGUGGACUGGGCCUCCUCGGUCUUUACAUCAACGAGUACAACGUGGCGCUGAUUAAUCAAACUUUAGAAACGUUGACGGAGUACUGUCAAGGACCGUGUCAUGAUAAUCAAAAUUGCAUCGCGACGCAUGAGUCCAACGGUCUAGACAUUAUAACGGCGUUGAUACUGAACGACAUUAAUCCUCUGGGAAAGACCAGGAUGGAUCUAGUGCUGGAGUUGAAGAACAAUGCUAGCAAAUUACUGUUGGCGAUCAUGGAGAGCAGAGGCGACAGCGAGAACGCCGAGAGGAUUUUGUAUAACAUGAAUCCGAAGCAGCUCGUAGAUGUGGCCUGCAAGGCUUUCCACCAGGAAUCGCUGAACGACGAUAUCGAUGUCGACGAUUCCUCAACGAAUGGGGAGGAAGGAGUGUCGCCCAAAGAAGUGGGACAUAACAUAUAUAUUCUAUGCCACCAAUUGGCGCAACACAACAAGGAACUGGCGGCGAUGCUGAAGCCGUCCGAACAGAAUAACGCGGAUCCGAAGAUUAACAAAGCGCUGCAAUAUUAUGCAUCUCACACGGCUCAAAUAGAAAUCGUGAGGCACGACAGAACGCUCGAACAGAUCGUCUUCCCGAUCCCGGAGAUUUGUGAACUUAUAACCGUGGACACGAAAAUAAGAGUGCUCAACACCACGGAACGAGACGACCAAGGAUCGAAGGUUUCUGAUUUCUUCGAGAGGACGGAAGAUAUGUUCAACGAAAUGAAGUGGCAGAAGAAGCUUAGAGGGCAACCGGUGUUGUUCUGGAUGAGCAGUUAUAUGUCGUUAUGGAGUAAUAUUUUAUUCAAUUGCGCCGUUCUGAUAAAUCUUAUCGUAGCGUUUUUCUAUCCGUUCGUGGAUUCUGUGCCUAAAUUUAAUUCUCACAUAUCAGCUCUCAUUUGGACGGUUAUGCUUGCGUCUGCCGCUAUCGUUAUUACUUUACCGAGGGAGUCCGGUAUACGUGUAUUGGUCGCAUCAACGAUAUUGCGAUUGAUUUUAUCUAUAGGUCCAGAACCGACGUUGUGGUUACUCGGUUUUCUUACGAUCGUAUUAAAAGUUGUACAUCUUAUAAGUAUUAUAGGUAAUCAGGGUACCCUGACUAGAAGUGUAGAGCAAAUAAUAACCAAUAUCGAACUUUUGUAUCACAUAUCGUAUUUAAUAUUCUGCGUUCUGGGGAUUUUUAUGCAUCCAUUUUUCUACUCAGUUUUACUCUUCGAUGUGGUUUAUCGCGAGGAGACUUUGCUCAAUGUAAUAAAAUCCGUAACUCGGAAUGGAAGAUCUAUUAUACUCACUGCUGUGCUAGCUUUGAUCUUAGUUUACAUGUUUUCUCUUAUCGGUUUUAUGUUCUUCAAAGACGAUUUCCUUGUUAACGUGGAUGAAGAAAUUACAUCUUACAUUAAAGAGCAAUCUGUGAAUACCUGCAGCGCUGGUGACAAAGAGAAAUGUGAAGCAACAGAGACAUUGUCGCAAUAUGCUCGCGAAGAAAAUGAACGAGAGAACAAACUUGAGGUGAUUAGCAUCGGCGGGGAAAUGAAAGAACGAUCUUGUGACUCACUUCUUAUGUGUAUUGUUACUACGUUGAAUCAGGGAUUGAGGAAUGGCGGCGGAAUCGGAGAUAUUCUACGAGCACCUACUAGUGUUGAACCGCUGUUUUUUGCGAGAGUUGUAUAUGACUUACUAUUCUUCUUCAUCGUGAUAAUUAUCGUUUUGAAUCUCAUUUUUGGUGUGAUCAUUGACACUUUCGCGGAUCUUAGAUCGGAGAAACAGCAGAAGGAAUUGAUUUUGAAGAAUACUUGUUUCAUUUGUGGCUUGAACAGAUCAGCUUUUGACAACAAAACAGUUUCGUUCGAGGAGCACGUGAAACACGAGCACAAUAUGUGGCAUUAUCUCUACUUCAUCGUCUUAGUGAAGGUGAAGGAUCCGACCGAGUUCACGGGCCCGGAAUCCUACGUUUACAUGAUGGUCAAGGACCGGAAUCUGGAAUGGUUCCCGAGACUGCGAGCCAAGUCGUUAGCUGCAGACGAAGGUGAGGGGGAACAAGUGGAGUUAAGAAGUUUACAGUCACAAUUGGAAUCUACGCAACAGUUAGUGAAGUGUUUGUCCCAGCAACUCACGGAGCUUCGUGAUCAGAUGACGGAGCAACGAAAGCAGAAACAGCGGCUAGGCCUCCUGAAUUCUGCGUCUCAGUUCUUGCAUAACGUAUCCACGUAAACUUAAAGCGCGCAUUUCGUAGUUCCCUCGUUAUCGUGGACGAAUCUCAGUUUGAUACUCCAAGAUAGUACAUAUGUAACGAUAUUCGUGUGUUCUUAAUAGGCAUUUAAAGACACGAGAAUAUAUCGAGUGGGUAACCCGAGGAGUCUUUUUUUUUUUUACGGUUUUGUUCCUAAUUUUAAUGAAAGUAAAAACAUAUAUAGGGGCAUUAACGUUAUCACUCUUUCCUUUCUCUCUCUCUCUCUCUCUCUCUCUCUCUCUCUCUCUCUCUCUCUCUCUCUCUUUUUUUUUAAUUUUAUUAUGAAAGCUCUCGAUCCAGUUUGAUCAACCCAUCGUCAAGGAACCAGUGGAUUGCAUUGUUUGCUAGUGUAUAAAUAUUGUUAUACAUAUAGAAAAGUUAAGCAUAUCCAUUGAUAUAGAGAGUAGAACAGAUUAUAAUUUACGUAAAACUUCCGGUUAUAUAGUGAAAUGUUAUAAGGUAAUAUUCUGUGGCUAUUAUAGAAUAUUCUCCUUUUUAUGUGAUCAAUCCAUUACGUUUUAGCUUUGUCAUUAUAAUAUUUAUAACUAUCCAUGCAAACAUUGAAUAUGUCAAAAUAAAGAUUCUAGCUUCAGCGUUUUAUAACAAUCGUGAGAAUUUUAUAUUCUGUUCUCUGUAUGUGUGUUUAUUAAAAGCCAUGGUUGUGUUAUUCUAAUAUACAUAUCGAUUAAUCAUAUUUUUCCAUAGGAUCUUAAAGAUAUUCUUAAACGUUAGGGAAUUAUCAUUGAAACUGCAUUUGUAAAAUUGUACAGGUUUUCCGUACUAUGUAUUUAAUUGUCAUCUAUACAGAGAUUAUCCGUUCGUUUAAGAACCACAUAAUCUUUCUUGUUGGUACAUUGCGUUGUUUAUAAAUCGAUUAUUUUUCACUUUGUACAUGUAUGUUCGAUGCAAUGGAGUAUAUAUACGUUAGCGAAAAUACGUAUUUUAAUUUUUUUUUCUUAAACAGCGAUACGCUCAAACCUGAAUUCCGUAACAACCAUUGAAGUUCAUAUGCAAUAUCUGUGUCAAUAACAUUGUUAAUAAUGACUUACGGUGUGACUAGGAGUCGUUUGCGUGACUGUGAAUUUAAAAUUCACUUACAUCUGUAGACGGGAUGAGAUCGUCGUUCGUUUAGUCGCUCGUGAAGGCGAUCGUAGCCGCGAGCGUAGCGCAAUAUCACCAAUAUAAUUAAUGAAUGAAUAGUAAUCGAUAGGGAACAAUGGAUUUUACGAUAACAUAAAGUAUAGGCAAUGGAAUUUGAACGAUUCGCGUAACCGUUUUUGGAAAUUUCAGAUAUUACGAUGGACGAACUCUAUAGAACGUUGAUGUCCAAGUCAUUCAUUGUUGAUAUAAACUGUCGUUUAUAUAUUAUAAAUUUUAAUCAAGCUGUGUUACACUCAAAACGACUAUUAUAUUACAUACAAUACAUAUGUAGGUGCAUUACACCUAAACCUGAAGAUUCCGUGCUACAGCGAUGUUAUUAUGGAAUUUAAACUUUACUCGUAUUUUUAAAAUAAUACUUGAGAUUUGUGUCUACACGAAUAUGUAAUAUAUACAUAUACUUCAUUUUUGAUUGUGCUAUUUAGGAUUGAACGUAUUGAAAUAAAAAUCCACGUGCCUCAAGAACAUCUCGGUUAAAUCAUACCACAGAGAAUACUAAGAAUCGUUGCAUAAUGUAGAAACGGAAAAAAAAAAGAGGAGGAGAAGGACACUUCGCGCGAAAUAGUGUUUCAUUUUACUUUAUUUAGACUUUAUAUGAAACAAUUGACUAUUUAUUGUGACUUAUAUAUAUACGCGGCUAGUACAUGUAACACGUAUUUCUUUCUCGUAGGUCGCACGUGUUUCUUGUGUAAAACCGGUACGCUUCUCGGAUGAAAAGCAACCCCCUAUAAAUGCGCAGUAAUAAUGUUAAACGCAACUUCUACAAACACGCAAAUAUCAAACGUAAGGGGCAUUCAGCGUUUAUCGCAGUUGUGCCUAUAAAAAAACGAGCUUCUCAAAAUUUCUCACAUAUUUUCUACUUUUCGUACUUCCCCAUACGGAGUGUCAUGCAUAAUUACAGAUUUUGCUUCGAGUACCCAACAGGACUCGCAGAAACGAAACAAAAUAGCCCCGAUAAAAUCCACAGUCGUGCUCGGGAUUUCGCGCGAAGAUUCCUCUUUAUUUCGCGUUUCUAAGAGCGGUAUUCAUAGUUAAUUUUAUAUUUAAGACCGUUUUAACUUUAUCUUCAUAUACUGUAUGGCGCAUUUCAUUUUAGCGUUUGUACAUAAAUUAAAAGAAAAAUGAAUCGAAAGUAUUUAAA